AUGGAAUAUUUUCCUAAUGAAAUAUUAAUUGAAAUAUUUAAGUAUUUUGAUAUUCAAGAACUUUUUCAAGCAUUUUAUAAUCUUAAUUCUCGUUUUAAUAUUCUUCUUCAUUCAUUAAAUAAUCUUUCUCUUACUCUUACUAAAACUAAUUACAAUAUCAAUAAAAUACCUAUAGAUUGUAUUUCUAUUCUUAUUAUUAAUGAAAUUCAAAUUGAAUUAGAUCAAUUUACACAUAUUCGUUGUUUAAUUUUAACAAUUCCAUUUUAUAGACAAAUCCAUCAACUCUCGACGCAUACUUUUCCUUAUUUAGAACAUCUUUCAAUUAAUUUUUUAACACAAUCAUUUCCAUAUAAUAUAUUUAAUAUUUAUAAUAAAAUUUUCUCAAAUGAAUUUCCAUGUUUACAAUCGUCUUAUUUACAACAAGCAGAAGUUAUACAUAGGUUCGAAACUUGGACACACACAUUAUCAUUACGUAAAUUAAAAGUUGGAAAAAUUAAUAUAUUUACCUAUAAAGCUAUAUUAUCUUCUUGUUCAAAUCUAUAUUAUCGUAAAUUUAUUAAAAAUAUUUCAAAAGGAAUAUUAUUACCUGAUAAAACACAUGUUAAUUUGAAAAAAAUGAUAAUAGAAUUACCCUUGUGGAAUUCUUAUACAUUAUCUGAAAUGAAUAAUUUUCUUUCAUAUGUACCCAAUCUUGAACAAUUUAGUAUUUAUCAUGCUGAAUUUUGUGCAGAUAUAAAUGGAUAUCUAUCGUAUGAUUGGUUAUCAUCAUCGAUUAAUUCUUAUUUACCAUUACUUCAUUCAUUUAAUUAUUAUUUCGAGCUUUUCUAUUUUGGAUUAUCAAAUACAUAUGAUAUGGAAAAUAUUCUUAGUCAAAUAAAAGAACAUUUUAAGAAAGUUCAUAAUAAUCAAUAUCAAUCUCGACUUACUAUUAUUGAACGAAUUUAA